CUGACCCCAGACCCUCCUCCACUGCCCUGCUCCACGCCCAUCACCUCGUGCACCGCCCCCAACCCCUGUGUCUCGCCCCACCCUCUGCUCUCCUUGCCCCAUCCCAGCCCAAGCCACCCUGGAGGCUCAGAGGCCAGUGCCCACGCCCUGAGGCAGGGGAUGCAGUGGGCCCCGCCCCCACCCCUGCAACUUGACCCAGGCUGCGACCACAGGCUCUGACGUCUUGGAAAAUUUCCCCCCUGCCCAAGUCCCCCAUGGGAGGGGAUGGGUGGUAUGAAAUGGGGCUGAGACCCCCAGUUGGGGGCAGAAGAAGUCGCCAGAGAACGCUCCGGAGCACCCAUGGACUUGUGGAGCUGGGAAGAAACGGCGCCGCAGGAAGUGCCCCAUGGGGACAAGCUGUCCGCGCUGGUGCCUGCAGAAGGAGCCGACUUCGGUUUUUAUUUUCCUGAACUGGCUCUCCCAGGGGACACGCCCACCGCGGAGACUAGCUGGAAAGAGCUGGCCUGGAGCCAAGCAUUACCGCCCACAGAUGGUAGCAGCCUGCAGCCUGCAGCUCCCUGGGGGACUGAUCCCGCUUUUCAGGCCCAGGCGUGGUCAGCCAACUGCACGGACUCGGUGUGCCCAGCCGACCCAGCGUGCCCCGCCUCAGACCCCUGGAGCCGCUUCUCCCACACCUGUGCUGGGGCUGAAGUGGCAACUGCCGCCUCGGCCUCAGAGGCCACUUCGUGGUCGUGUGCCCAGACCUCCAGGAGCACCACCAGCUGGGACUCUGCUGUGAGCCCCGACGGCGCCAUCUGCUGGGGCGACGGCCUGGGCGGAGAGCCGCUUGUGGAUUACACCGUGUCUUGGGGCUGGCCUGCGGGCUCCGACUGCAACAGCUCCUGGUACCCGGGGCCGCAGGCCGAAUGCGCCACGUUUUCGGGGUGCCAGAGUUCAGCUCUCACCUCUUCCUCCAAUCUGAGCCAGCCUUCCGACACUGCUAGUCUGGCUCGUGCCCCCAAAACCAACCACCGAGGUCCCAUUCAGCUGUGGCAGUUCCUCCUGGAGCUACUGCACGACAGGGCGCGUCGCAGCUGCAUCCGCUGGACAGGCAACAGCCGCGAGUUCCAGCUGUGCGACCCCAAGGAGGUGGCGCGGCUGUGGGGCGAGCGCAAGCGGAAACCAGGUAUGAAUUAUGAGAAGCUGAGCCGAGGCCUGCGCUACUACUACCGCCGGAACAUCGUGCACAAGAGCGGGGGACGCAAAUACACGUACCGCUUCGGGGGUUGUGUGCCGGGUCUCACCUCUCUGGACUUUGCGGGCGACGGACUGGGGGCAGAGACUCAAUAAAA